AUGGGGACACAAUGUCGCGGCCAAAAGCAGAUAAUGAGAGGCCCCCAACCCCCUGGCCUCAAAGUACUGAAACGUCUCCCCAUGACCACGGCAAAUGCCCUUGGUGUGGAAAGCCCCGAUCUUGUCCUGAGGGACCCCAAGCCCCGGGAUCUGAGAAGUUUCUUCUCCUCGAGACUGCGCCUGCGUCACUCGCAGAUUUCCCCAGAACCCCGGUGGCAGUCCAGAAUCCCUUCCCUGAGAAAGACACGUUUUCUGUCACCACCACAGGCAUGCCUAAUAGUCGGGGCCACCUGUGACAGUGCCCCGGAGGCUGCCCAGUCUCUGAGGUGGCCACGUGCGGGGAGGGACAGGAACAGUGCGGCCUAUGCCCCCGCCAUUCCCUUGCCCCACUGGACCCCAUGUUAUCCCUCUCUGGAUGCCAAAUGGGGAGAAAGAUGUUCAGCCCUCUCGGCACUUUCUCCUUUCACAGCGCCCGGGCCUCCUGGGCCUCGGGGCUGGAAGACCACGGACCCCAAGAGUGUGCCGCAGUACAAGACUGAGGGGAAGCGGGAAAUCCGAGGCCGAAGCCGAAGUGUGCAGUGGGUGUCAGGGAGAACAGGAUUUGUGGUCACGGAGCAGUGUAAGAUAAACUGGGACAAGGCCCUGAGUGUCCUCAGGGACCGGCUACCUGGACCAGUGUCCUCUACCUGGGUGGACAGUGCCGAUGACAGAGCUAUGGGGUUUGCAGAGCUUAGGGAUACUUUCAAGGAUAUUUCCAUCUACUUCACCAGGGGAGAGUGGGAAGUGAUGGGAGACUGGGAGAAAAGUCAGUACAGGAAUGUGAAAAGGAGUUACUGUGGGUUCAUCAGCCGAGGAUUUUGUUUCUUUCCAUGUCUAAGAGCCCCUCAAGCAGCUUUCAUGUGUCAACGCAUGCCUGCCACGAAGCCCCCAAUGGACAAGAGUGAGGAUUCUGAUGAAGAAUGGACUCCGAGGCAGCAAGGUGAGGAAAAAUCUCCCCCAUGGAUACUAAUGCAGGUAAGACACAGUUAUCAGAGAAAGGCAACAUCCAGGACGCCAUUAAAUAAUGAAUCUAGUGUGAAGGAAUUGUGCAGAAGAGCAAAUAUGCUGACCGAAAGUGACUCAGAUCAGGGCCAGGAUCCAGUGUGCCCUCCUGGAGAAGGAAGCACAUCUGGAGAGCACUCUAGACAAGAACUGGAACUCAGGAGAAAUGACAUUGAUGUGAAGACAUACAGCCUACGAAAAAGAAAGGACCUCGUAUACCAAGAAGUCAAUGAGCCCCAAGAUGAUGACUACAUCUAUUGUGAGGAAUGUCGGGACUUGUGCAUUGACAGCUGCCCCGUGCAUGGGCCCCUUACAUUUAUAAAGGACAAUGCUGUGGACCUGGGGCAUCCCAACCGUGCAGAUCUCACUCUGCCCCCUGGGCUGAGGAUUGGACCAUCAGGCAUCCCUGAUGCUGGGAUUGGAGUGUGGAACGAAGCAUCUGAUCUGCCAGUGGGCCUCUGCUUUGGUCCUUACGAGGGCCAGAUCACAGAAGAUAAGGAGGCAUGCAAGAGCGGAUACUCCUGGGUGAUCACCAAAGGGAGAAAAUGCUGUGGGUAUGUGGAUGGAAAGGACAAAUCCCGUUCCAACUGGAUGAGGUAUGUGAACUGUGCCCGGAACGAUGAAGAGGAGAAUCUGGUGGCCUUUCAAUAUCACAGGCAGAUAUUCUACCGAACCCGCCGGGUCAUCAGGCCGGGCUGUGAGCUGCUGGUCUGGUAUGGGGACCAGUAUGGCCAGCAGCUGGGCAUCAAGAGGGGCGGUAAAUUCACUACUGGAUUUACUUCUGGUUCAAAACAAAAACCUGAGUUCCACCCAUGUCCCUCCUGCUCUCUGGCCUUCUCCAGUCAGAAACUUCUCAGCCAACAUGUGAAGUGCAGUCACCCCUCUCAGAACCUCCCAGGAACAUCUGCAAGAAAACAUCUCCAACCAGAGGUGCCCUGCUCAGAGGAUCAGAAUCAGCAGCAGCAGCAACAUGCUGAUACACAGAGCUGGACUUAUGAAGACGAAGGUCAAGAGGUCAAGAAAAGGCCCUGUUCUUUGCCUAAAAAGAUCGUGAAGAGGAGGGCUCCAGGGUCCUUGUUGACACUUCCCGGUGAAGGAAUCGGAAGCUGUAGUGAGGGUGAGAGAGUGAAGGAGGAAUAGAGCUGAGCACAGUCCAGAAAGUGUAUUCAGAGGGUUCAGGGAAAUUAUGUGUGGGAGGAGGUAUGUCAAGAAGUGUAACAAUUAAGUAUGCAGGGUGUGGCAAAGCUUAAAUGAUGGGUCACAUUUCAAGACACCCCAGAAGUUGCACUCAGGGUGCAGAAGCUACAUUUGCAGGGAAUGCGGACUUGGCUUUGCAGCAAUGUCAGAUGCUAUCACACACCAGAAGGGUCAUUCGUGAUAGAAACUCUAUGUUCCAAGGGAGUGUGGGAGAGGCUACACACAUAAAUCUACUCUAGUUUGACACCAGAAGACACGUUCAGUGGAGAAGGCCUAUGUUUUCCAGGAGUGUGGAUGAGGCUGUACACAGAAGUCACACCUUGUUCGACACCAUAGGACACACUUAGGGGAGAAGCCUUACAUAUGCACAGACUGUGGGCGAGUUAUCCCACAGCAUUCAGAUCUCAUCAGGCACCUCAGGACACACUCAGGAGAGAGGGCUUAGGUUUGUAUAGAAUG